UCGACGUCCGUUGUCGGGCCGAGCCAGGGCUGCAGUUGUGUGUGAUUGUGUUUGUUGCUUGGGAGAAGUGCUGCCUUAGUAGGCUGGGGGGGAGGGAGAGGGAGAUUUUCAGACUGGCAUCAGUCUGGAGCGCGGCACGUUUCUGCGUGCUUUGCUCAUGCUGUUGUGUGGGUCCCCGCGAAGCAUGGGUGAGCCAGGGUGGCCCCGUGUGUGUGUGCCAGCAUUGUGCGCGGGUUUGGAAUGGAGUCAGAGUGAUUGUAAUGACAAUGCAGCUGGCGGUAUUUCUGGUAGGGAAUGGUUGAAUCCCCAGCCGUGAGGCGCAAGAAGAGGCGCUGGAUGCUAAGGUGGAAAGCGGAGCUUGUGUGUGCCAGGAGGCAGGCGUGGUGAGGUGUGCUUUGGAGCCUGCUGUUGUUGGCGCUGGGCUCGGGAGGCCCCUGAACAUGGUGCUGUGUGCUGCGUGUGCCAGCCCCAAGAGAUUCCCGUGUGGAAGAAGGGAGAGGAUGAAGGAGGCCGAGGGCCCUUUUCUCGGGGCCGGCUCCUGUGUGGCCUCUUGCUUGCCGGAGAGAAGGGCUGCCCGCUGGGCACAGGGGGUGCCUUCUAGCUGCCGUCCCGUGCCCUGUCCUGCAGCCCCCUCCUCAUGCUAUGUGGAACGCCAUGGCCAGCAGUGCGGCUGCCAUUUUAGAACCUUCGCUGCAUCACAGCCGUCACCUUGGUCACCACUGCCCCGGCCAACGCACUCGCCUCUGAGAGCUCUGGCAGCCAUGUCAGGAGCAAAGAGAGCGAGGGGCGAAGCUUGCCCAAUUUCCAAUAGGAAGGGAGAGCUGGGGGCCCCAGAAGCGAAGAGGAGGAGGGGGGCCGCCUUUAAGAUCAAGCGGAGGAGGAAGGAAAAGAGAGUGCGUUUCCAUCGCGCCUGGACCAGCGCUGUGACCACCUCCGUGGAGCCCAUGGAGGUGGAUCCACCUCUGGAUGAGCCCAUGGAGGUGGAUCCACCUCCGGAUGAGCCCAUGGAGGUGGAUCCACCUCCGGAUGAGCCCAUGGAGGUGGAUCCGCCUGCGGCACAGCUGGCCUGGCACCACACCACCGUGCCAGGCCCCGCAUCGGCGCCGUCCCACCGCCGCUGGUCCAGGCGCUCGGCUCCCUACCCGCUGCGCGGCCCCCGCCCCCAGCAUUAGCUGGGUGGCAUUAGUUUCCAUCAGCUCCUCCUCUGGAGCCAAUUCUGCGGGCCCCCAGCUCCAUCUUCACCCUGUUAUGUCCCCGUCCCUGUUUUUCUUGUUGAUUUUAGUGUUAAGAUUAGUGUUAGUGUUAGGAGUAGGUUAUUGUUCAUGUUUUAGAGUUAGGCAUAGGUUACUCGUAGUCUUUUAGUGUUAAGCAUAGGUUCCUGUUCUUGAGUUAGGCAUAGGUUAGUCGUAGUCUUUUAGUGUUAGGCAUAGGUUCCUGUUCUUCUGUUCGAGUUAGGCAUAGGUUAGUUGUAGUCUUUUAGUGUUAGGCAUAGGUUCCUGUUCAUACUUGACAGUUAGGGGUGGAUUGCUGGUGUCAGGUGGAAGUGAGCAGCGCUCACUCGGUAAGCACACAGCUGAUUGAUCGUGCGAAGACAUGAGUGCGAGUGCCAUGAGCACGGAGGCCCGAUGGCAUCUUGGAUGGAUUGAAUUU